AUGCGUACUGAAAUCUUUCAGAAAAAUGUGCCAAAAGACACUGGUCUAGAAGCCCAAAAGAAUUUUGUCGCUUAUGGUGGUGUAGGUGGCUUCAUUGGAGGUGGAGGUGGUGGUGGUAUUGGAGUGGGUGGGCUGCCCAGUCUCGGUGGCGCUAUUGGUGGACUGGGCGGUGCAUCUGGGCUUGGUGGAGCUCUUGGUGCCAGUUGUCUCAGAGAGAGAGAAAUGGCUAGGUGGUGUGUUAGUGUUAUGGUUGUGCUCGCUUUAGUAGCGGUGCAAACUAGUGCCAGAGAUGUUCCUAGCGUAAAAAAAACUGUGCCCAGUGAUGCUGGUCUUAAUGACCAAAAGAACUUCGUCAGCUAUGGUGGUGUUGGUGGCUUUACUGGCCUUGGUGGCAAUGGGCUUCCAUUUGGUGGCGUUGGGGGACUUGGUGGAGUCACUGGGCUAGGUGGAACAGGUGGCGUUGGAGGGUUUGGUGGAGUUGGUGGUGGGCUAGGUGGCGGAAGUGGCCUGGGUGGUCUCGGUGGCGGAAGUGGCCUGGGUGGUCUCGGUGGCUUAGGUGGUGGCGUUGGUGGGGGUGCAGGUGGUGGAGUAGGCGGUGCUGUUGGUGGUGGAACUGGUGGUCUUCCUUACCCUUGAAAUACUGGUAGAUCUUUGAUUUCCAGUUGUUAGUAGAGUUGAUGAAGAGCUCUAGUUUAUGGCAGUUAAGCUAGUUGAUGGAGUUUGUGUAGUCUUUUUAGUUUAAUUCAUGUCUUUAUCGUGAGCUUCUAUUUUUCUGUCUUUAAUUACUUGGAAGUUUUACUGUUAUGUUUGAGUGGAUAAAUAGUUACAUUACAUAAACUUAGUAAAUUUAUUUA